CUGCUAACGCCGGGGGAAUUAAUCCCCGUAUCAAAAACCUCUAAGAUUAUCGAUACUAGGCGCCAAAGGAUCGUGAUGGGUCCUCGAUAUUAGAUUCUUCUUCUACCGCCUCGAGUUCAAACCUACUUGAUGCGCGUUUGUCAUCACGCUGAUGUAAUCCAUUUCAUGAGCUUGCGAGGAGUUCAAACCUACUUGAUGCGCGUUUGUCAUCAAGCUGAUGUAAUCCAUUUCAUGAGCUUGCGAGAAACCAUGAAGACGAUGAGCUUCGUCGUGUAUAAAGCUUCACGAUGAUGCUAGUACCAGUCCAAGAGAUGGCAGACUACACAUCCGUUCGUUACCAGCACAUACUCCCUCUCGUGAAUUCUCAAUUCCACCUUGGAACCGUGUACCAUCACAAUGGCUUCAACGGCACCUUUUCUACAGCCUCCAAGGCGUAUAACUGCGUCGAAUCUUCCUCUCACCGUUGCCAAUGCUCACAAUGCGAAGGCUGAGCCUGCCGUAGAGAUCCUUGAUGAUGCUCUCAAACUCGAACCUAUUCUGGCAGGUGCACUUGUGCGAGCUCGUGUGGCAACCCACAAGAAAAUACCCACCAGUAAUGACGGAUCCGGCACAAUCCCACUCGACGAUGUUCCGGGCUUUGGUAUCGUAAUGCCUAACGGGCUCAACAUGUACUACCUAGAUGUUGCACCCAAGACUGAAGGCGUCAUGCACCGUACAACGUCUACCGACUAUCUGGUCGUGCUACAAGGAACCCUAAGUUUGUUGACACCCCGAGAGUCCUUCAACGUGGAGACUGGCUAUGGCGAGCUGAAAGAGACGCUUUGUUUCCCCGGUGACACAGUCGUCCAACGAGGAAUAAUGCAUGCCCUUUCCAAUCGUACCGAUCAAUGGGUCCGUGUUAUUGGGAUAGUGGCGGCUUCUGAUCCCAAUCGCGUGCGUAUUGAAAGCAAUUCGUCUUCAGCGCCACAAGAGGUCAGGAUGCUGGAUGACGCUUGGCUAGCUUAAACCAGCCUCAGCCAUUACCACCAGUCGUCACUCCGCCUGUCGUCUCAUUAGUCCUGUGCUGUGCCGGUGGGGGCAAGGCUGUCUUCGGCAGGAUGUGUGCAAAUGAAACCCCCCCAACGCGCUUAGCGCGGCUGUGAAGGUUCAUUGGAUGACGCCCUUAGUCGCCGCGGCGGCUCGUUUCCGCGGCAAAUGACCGAGUUGUCAACCAUUUGUAUUACCACAGAAUUAGCGAUCAGAUGUAAAGAGGCUCUUCGGGUCAAUUCCAAUGCAACUCGAUGACUAUUUCGACGUAUCUUCGGCACACCUGUUAUAACCUCGGUGUA